UCUAACCCCGGCUCUCCCCGAUGUGAUCCGCGCUGAACGCCGCCGCCGCCAGCCACCAUGUCUCGCCGCAAGCAAGGCAAACCCCAGCACUUAAGCAAACGGGAUUUUUCGCCAGCCGAGCCCCUCUCCACGGCCGUCGUCUCGUCGGAGGAGCUGUCGGAGCGCUGCUCGGAGCACUCGGAGGAGAGUGGCAGCCUCAACGGGCACCGCCCGGGCUCGACCGUGGGCCGGCUGGCCCGGCUGGGUCACGACGCUCACCCCUCUCUGGAGCAGGACCUCCUGACCUGCGGCCAGUGCCAGGCCACCUUCCCCCUGGCGGACAUCCUGCUCUUCAUCGAGCACAAGAGGAAGAGAUGCCACGGGCCGCCGUGCCUGGCCGUGGGCCGGGGGCUGGACAAGCCACCCUCGCCCUCCCCCGGCCUGGCCCUCACCCCGUCCCCUGCCCUGGGUUCCCUGCGCAGUCGGAGGCCCGUGGAAGUGGGCGUCCAGGCCACGCUGGCAGACGACGACGAUGACCGGCUCUCGUCGCCCCGGGGGAUUUGCCCCAAACAGGAGCCCCUCCCAGGUAAGGAGGAGCCGACCACCUACACCUGCACUACAUGUAAGCAGUCGUAUGGCAGCGCCUGGUUCCUGCUGCAGCACGCUCAGAACACCCACGGCUUCCGCAUCUACCUAGAAAGUGAACACGGAAGCCCUCUCACACCACGCAUGGGUGGACCUUCCUCUCUCGGCGGGGGCGCAGACUGCCCCUCUCAGCCUCCCCUUCAUGGCCUCCAUUUGCCUCCCGACGCAAGCCCCUUCAACCUCUUACGCAUCCCUGGCUCGGGCUCAGGUGGACGGGACAGCGUCGGAGCAGGGGGUGUCGGCCCUCCUGGCAUGGCUGGUGGGGGCCAUCAUCAGCGUUUCCCUCCCACGCCGCCCCUGUUCAGCCCCCCACCAAGGAACCACUUGGACCCCCAUCACCUGAGCCCAGAGGAGCUGGCGCUGGCAGCCCACCACCCGAGUGCCUUUGACAGGGUGCUGCGCCUCAAUCCUCCUCUGCCCCUGGACCCCCCUCCAACAAUGGACUUCUCACGGCGGCUACGGGAGCUGGCGGGCAACACCUCAGGGUCCACUCCCCCACUAUCCCCCAGCCGGCCUAGCCCCAUGCAGCGUUUGCUUCAGCCAUUCCAGACAGGAGGAGGAAGUGGAGGAACAGGAGGCGCAGGGGGCAGCAAACCUCCAUAUCUUGCUACCCCACCCCCUCUUCCUGGCUCCAUGCAGUCACCUGUGGGCUCUCAGACCACUCCCACUACCCCACUCCCCUCAGCAGGGGCGCCACCCUCCUCCACCACCCCAUUGAAAUCAAAGUGUUGUGAGUUUUGCGGCAAGGCCUUCAAGUUUCAGAGUAAUCUAAUAGUGCACCGGCGCAGCCACACGGGCGAGAAGCCGUACAAAUGUCAUCUGUGUGAUCACGCUUGUACGCAGGCUAGCAAACUGAAGCGUCACAUGAAGACGCACAUGCACAAAUCCUCCUCACCGAACACGGGCAAGUCAGAAGACGGGCUCUCAACAGCCUCCUCUCCAGAGCCUGGCACCAGCGAGCACAUGGGCAGCGCAAGCAACGCCCUAAAGUCAGUGGUGGCCAAGCUGAAGAGUGAAAAUGACCGCAUGCUGCGUGAGAAUGGUGAGGAGGAGGAGGAGGAAGAGGAGGAAGAGGAAGAGGAAGAGGAGGAGGAAGAGGAGGAGGAGGAGGAGGAAGAGGAGGGAGAGGAGGAAGAAGAGCAAAACGCAGACAGGGCAGCCAGAAGGACCAACAACAGCUAUCACUUUGGUCUGAACCUUGAGACGGCGCGCCAGCACGAAAACAACGGCGGCAUCGGAAGCCGGCUGGGAGGUCUGGCUGACGAGGGGUCUAUCCCACGGUCGCUGCCCGAGGUGAUGCAGGGGAUGGGUCUGGCUGCCAGCAUGCAGCACUUCAGUGAAGCCCUAAACGCGCACAAACGGAAUGCCAUGGCCCAGGAGAACCACCUGCACCACCACCUCAACCGAGACCACCACCACCACAAUCGCGAGAUGUGUGAUGGGGACUCUGUCCUGGAGACAGAUCGUGUGGAGGAGGGCUCCGUCUCAACAGUGAAUGGGCGGGGAGCCUCCCCUAAUGAAAAUGCCUCCGUCGGCCUCUCUAAGAAACUGCUUCUGGGUAGCCCCAGUCCACUCAGUCCUUUCUCCAAACGCAUCAAGCUGGAAAAGGAAUUUGACCUGCCCACUCCCACAAUCCCUAACACGGAGAACGUCUACUCCCAGUGGCUGGCCGGCUAUGCCGCCUCCCGACAACUCAAGGACCCUUUUCUGAACUUUGGGGAUUCCAGACAAUCGCCGUUCGCCUCUUCGUCUGAGCAUUCGUCAGAGAAUGGCAGUCUGCGUUUCUCGACCCCUCCGGGGGAACUGGAUGGUGGGAUGUCGGGCCGCAGUGGCACAGGCAGUGGGGGCAGCACUCCACACCUCGGGGGUCCUGGUCGGCCCAGCUCCAAGGACGGCCGCAGGAGUGAUACUUGCGAGUUUUGCGGCAAGGUGUUCAAGAACUGCAGUAACCUGACAGUGCAUCGGCGCAGCCACACGGGGGAGAGACCGUACAAAUGUGAGCUGUGCAAUUAUGCUUGUGCCCAGAGUUCCAAACUCACACGCCAUAUGAAGACCCACGGUCAGGUGGGCAAAGACGUGUACAAGUGUGAAAUUUGUCAGAUGCCCUUCAGUGUCUACAGCACCUUGGAGAAACACAUGAAAAAAUGGCACAGUGACCGUCCUUUGAGUACCGAAAUAAAGUCAGAGUAGAAGGCCGAACUAUGGGACCUUCCCCCCUCCCACAGCUAUGUCCGCCAUUAGUCCCCUGUUUAUUCCCAGCUCCUUGUAGAUUUGCCCCAACCCCAACACUCCACUUUCGCCAAUCUGGUGGAAGCUUAAGACCAUGUGCUCUGCACCAGCACACCCCGUUUCCAUUACCCAUUGAAUGCAUGAUCUGUAUCGGGGCAAUACUCUUGCAUUGACGCAAAACUUCGAGCCUUUCUCUUGUGCAAUAAUUUACAUGUUGUGUACAAUUUUUUUGAGUU